GUCGCCGUGUUGGAGAAACAGCUGGUGCAGUGAAAGCGUUUCUCUUCUUUGAUUUAAAUGUGUGAUGGAUUCUGGUUUUCUCACCUUUAUUCUUGUUUCUUCAUUUGCGGCAUAUCCCUCCCACUUAACAGGCUGGGACAAUGUUGUGGUGGCUAGAGAGGGAAUGUCCACCACCUUGGUCUGUACUGAUACAACAGUGAGGGGUGCUGUGGCCAUUAACUGGAUGGUAAAAUCACAUGACAAGAAUGACUGGAAACUGGUUCUCUCAGCUAGUGAAGGAAAAGAGUUCUCCGGUGGUGCCUCGAAGGCAUCCAUGAGAUUGACUGACCCUAACUUUCAAGACACCGGGGUUUUCUCCCUGUCCUUUGCCCCAAAUAAGGAGGACAGCGGUCUCUACUCAUGUUUGAUAAAGCAACAAGAGAAGCAACUGAAGACGAGGAUUAUCCUCUUAGCUGUCCUUACAGUCACCGUCCUCCCUGCUCCAACCAUGCCUCAGCACAGCACCCUGCGGCUGAUUGCCAGUGUUAAUCCUGAUUUUGUCAAAAUCAACUGGGUAGCACCUGAUGGCAUUUCCAUGAAGAGCGAGAAAAUUACAAAAGACACCACAGUGGCUAAGCUGCCACAGGUCCAGACCAGCGACAAUGGAACCUAUGUCUGUACAGUUCACCCUUAUGACAACAGUAGCAGCAUUCUUUGCCCCUUCCGUGUGAACGUGAUUGUUCAUGUUGACAAAGUGGCCUCAUUCACCAAUAUAACACAUGACCCCAUGAUCGCCACUGCUACACUGGCUCAGACAUCCUUCACCUUGACCUGUCCUGGUGUCCAGGGGGACUAUGUCAUGCUGUACUGGGGAUCCCCAGACAACAAGAAACAUGUGAAGCUUGUGCACCAGUAUGAUCGCUGGAGGGGUUCCACCUUGGUGACUACUCAGAGCAAGAAGCUCCAGCUUGCUGGCCGACCCUACAAUGCAGAGGCUGGGAGCUUCUCCUUUCUACUCACACCUGGGAUCAAAGAUGGCGGCCUCUACAUUUGUGAAGUGUUCCUAAAUGACAAUGCCUACAGCCAGAGGACCCUUCUCAGCGUGCUGAAAGUUAAAACCAACCAUUCACCCUCGAAGCUGGAGCUGAGUUGCCAGUACUCCGAGCGGUCCCAUGUCCAAAGUGCCAUUUGGAAAUACCAGAAUAAGAGCCGCAGGCUGCGCAUGUCAAGCAGCAGCCCUGGCACCAUCACCAUCACUGUGCCCUUACCCAUCACCUCUGACACAGCUGGGAACUACACCUGCACCUUAAAACUGAAAAAUGGACAGACCAUCUGGGCAACACAAGCUGUCACACUGCCCCCUGAAGAUGGGAGGGAUGAGAGUGUCAGUGUCACCGCCACCUCCCUGCUCCCUUCCCUCUCUGCUUUAUUACUCCUGGUGCCCCUGGUUGCUGCGGCUGUUGGUGUGUUGCUAUGGAGACAGAAACACAUUUCUGAUCGUGGUAUUGAGCAGUCUCUGUCUAUCCAAUCGAGUGAAGCAGAGAACAUCUAUGAGAAUCCUGAGGACAUCAGACAGACGCCUCCUCAGGGCUCAGUCUACAUGGAUCUGAAGCCAAGAGGAGAGGAUGAUGUCUAUAAGGAACUGGAGCGAUCCGAGCAGUGUCAGAGCUGAUCACCUACCCACAUCUCAUCCUCAUCCAACUGUCACAUCGACUCAGUUCCCAUCUGCAGCAGAAGGUCUUUAUAAACAAAAGUAACAACUGAAUGUCAGAGUUGGGACUUAAAGAAAAACUUCAGUGCUUCAGGGAAAUGCUACUCAAGUGUUAAAGUGUUUUUUUCUGUUCUAAGCUAUUGCUCUUUAGAAAUAUGUGUAAAAGAUUUUUUUUCAUAAGGCUCUAAAAUUGUUCUAAAUGUGUAAAAAUAAGUAUGUGAUAUUGUCUAAUUCACUGGUUUCCUUGACACAUUAAGUAGUAAUACCAUAAUAUUUUUUUAAAAAAAUCAUUAGUAUGAGUAAAAAUCAUGCAUUCAAAAUUCUACUUAAGCAAAAGUACAUCAGGUGGCACAAUGUACUUAAAGUCAAAAAUAAAAAUAUUCAUUA